GCGCGCCCUGACAGCUCGGCCCUGCUCGCUCACUCGCUCGUCCCCGGCUUCCGAGCACAGCAUGGCGGUCAAGGUGCAGACAACUAAGCGAGGGGAUCCUCAUGAGUUAAGAAACAUAUUUCUACAGUAUGCCAGUACUGAGGUUGAUGGAGAGCAUUACAUGACUCCAGAAGACUUUGUUCAGCGCUAUCUUGGACUGUAUAAUGAUCCAAAUAGUAACCCAAAGAUCGUGCAGCUCUUGGCAGGAGUAGCUGAUCAAACCAAGGAUGGGUUGAUCUCCUAUCAAGAGUUCUUGGCAUUUGAAUCUGUUUUAUGUGCUCCAGAUUCCAUGUUCAUAGUGGCUUUCCAGUUGUUUGACAAGAGUGGAAAUGGAGAGGUGACAUUUGGAGGAGUUCUCUGGCCACACCGUUGGUACAGCAGCUCCUUCCAGGCUCAUUCAUGGAACAGGCAUGGUGGCAGUCUUGGAGAAGAGUGCCAGCCCCGGUCAGAGAAAAUGUCAAAGAAAUUUUUGGACAGACUAUAAUUCAUCAUCAUAUCCCUUUUAACUGGGACUGUGAAUUUAUCCGACUGCAUUUUGGGCAUAACCGGAAGAAGCAUCUUAACUACACAGAAUUCACACAGUUUCUCCAGGAGCUACAGUUGGAACACGCAAGACAAGCCUUUGCACUGAAAGACAAAAGCAAAAGUGGCAUGAUUUCUGGUCUGGAUUUCAGUGACAUCAUGGUUACCAUUAGAUCUCACAUGCUUACUCCUUUUGUGGAGGAGAACUUAGUUUCAGCAGCUGGAGGAAGUAUCUCACACCAGGUUAGCUUCUCCUACUUCAAUGCAUUUAACUCCUUACUGAAUAACAUGGAGCUUGUUCGUAAGAUAUAUAGCACUCUAGCUGGCACAAGGAAAGAUGUUGAAGUCACAAAGGAGGAAUUUGCCCAGAGUGCCAUACGCUAUGGACAAGUCACACCACUAGAAAUUGAUAUUCUAUAUCAGCUUGCAGACUUAUAUAACGCUUCAGGGCGCUUGACUUUGGCAGAUAUUGAGAGAAUAGCCCCAUUGGCUGAGGGGGCCUUACCUUACAACCUGGCAGAACUUCAGAGACAGCAGUCUCCUGGAUUAGGUAGGCCUAUCUGGCUCCAGAUUGCCGAGUCUGCUUACAGAUUCACUCUGGGCUCAGUUGCUGGAGCUGUGGGAGCCACUGCAGUGUAUCCUAUAGAUCUGGUGAAGACCCGAAUGCAAAACCAGCGUGGCUCUGGCUCUGUUGUUGGGGAGCUGAUGUACAAAAACAGCUUUGACUGUUUUAAGAAAGUCUUGCGUUAUGAGGGCUUCUUUGGACUCUACCGGGGUCUGAUACCACAGCUUAUAGGGGUUGCUCCAGAAAAGGCCAUUAAACUGACUGUUAAUGAUUUUGUUCGGGACAAAUUUACCAGAAGAGAUGGCUCUGUUCCACUUCCAGCAGAAGUCCUUGCUGGAGGCUGUGCUGGAGGCUCUCAGGUCAUUUUUACCAACCCAUUGGAGAUAGUGAAGAUUCGUCUGCAAGUAGCUGGAGAGAUCACCACGGGACCCAGAGUCAGCGCCCUGAAUGUACUCCGGGACUUGGGAAUUUUUGGUCUGUAUAAGGGUGCCAAAGCGUGUUUCCUCCGAGACAUUCCCUUCUCUGCAAUCUAUUUUCCUGUUUAUGCUCAUUGCAAACUACUUCUGGCUGAUGAAAAUGGACAUGUGGGAGGUUUAAAUCUUCUUGCAGCUGGAGCUAUGGCAGGUGUCCCAGCUGCAUCUCUGGUGACCCCUGCUGAUGUCAUCAAGACAAGACUGCAGGUGGCUGCCCGUGCUGGCCAGACGACAUACAGUGGUGUCAUCGACUGCUUCAGGAAGAUUCUCCGGGAAGAAGGGCCCUCAGCAUUUUGGAAAGGGACUGCAGCUCGAGUGUUUCGAUCCUCUCCCCAGUUUGGUGUUACCUUGGUCACUUAUGAACUUCUCCAGCGGUGGUUUUACAUUGAUUUUGGAGGCCUCAAACCCGCUGGUUCAGAACCAACACCUAAGUCACGCAUUGCAGACCUUCCUCCUGCCAACCCUGAUCACAUCGGUGGAUACAGACUCGCCACAGCCACGUUUGCAGGCAUCGAAAACAAAUUUGGCCUUUAUCUCCCCAAAUUUAAGUCUCCUAGUGUUGCUGUGGUUCAGCCAAAGGCAGCAGUGGCAGCCACUCAGUGAUGAGACAACUGUUGAGUGUGGCAAAAUGGCACCUUGAAGAAAGAGGCCUAGGAGAGCAGCCCUGUAAUGUAUCCAGUCAGCUGCAUGGUGCUGACUGAGCUGAGGAGUCAAACUAUUCUUUCUAUAUGACAUAUACAUAUACUUGUUUAUAAAAUAAUCAUUUGCCCAGGGAAAAAACCACAAUGCUGUUUCAAGCUUUAGUCUUAUGUGUUGAAAUGUUUUCGUAAGCCUUGGCAUGAAUUAGUGUUCUAGACUCUGCUUUGCACAGCUUGCACUUACAGUGAUUGUACAUAUUGUACAUCUUUGUACAGAGACAUCUUGGCACCUCAUCCCAACAAAUCACAUUUGUAGAAAUGUAAUGCGGUUCUGAGUGGCUUGAAAUGUACAGAAUGUUUUGAAAGUGUUUUAUUAAGAAUCACACAAAAAUAAAUGUAUUAAAAUUAAAUUCAUUCUCUUAUUGGUGACUUAUGGAAAUAAAGCAUCAAUAUUGGAUGUAUUUAAUUCCUAGUUUGUUUUCCAUUCUGGAAUAAAAAGGUAUUUGCUGAUAAAAGGCAUAAUGAGACAUAUUGCUGAUACCAUUGAAUAAGUGGUACUUUGGAAAGAUGCAUGCCAGUGGAUGCCAGAGGACCAGGCUAAUGACUUGUGUGUGCUGAUAUGUUUCCAUUUGUAUUUUAAUGUGUGUGUAGACCCUCCUCUGUUCAUCAAUCAAAAAACAUUUCCUAGGCAGCUCCUCUCCUGUCAGUGUGCAUAUAGAAACAGGGAUAUCUCCAUCAUUACUGGCUUAGUUUUGCUUUCCUUUGACACAGCAAGGCAAAGGCCAAGCUUUCAAAAGAGUAAAGGAUACUUCCACAGUUUUCCUUCAUAUGGAUAUGAUUCCAGUCAAAAAUAAAAUGCACACCAAAAUGUGUACAUGUAGUUUGAUUUUUCUUUGUAAAUAUACUGAUAAUGCUUUUUGUUCUGAUUGACUACUGUUUCCAAAAAUCUCAUGAUCAGGUUCGCCCUUUCUUCCACCUUUAUAGAAAAUAGAAAAAUUAGUUUUAGAAAGGGCUAGCGCAGAGUGAAGGGAGGGAAGAAGAAAGAGAAGAAAGGCUCUAUAUGGUGAUUUAGUGGGGUCUACGUUCUUACUUUGGAAUCCAAAUGCAAACUGUUCUAAAAGUCACUCACCAAAGGCGUGAUUACUAAUUUGGAUCUAAACAUACAUCUUGACAGCCACAUCUAUACUUUGAUAUGGAUGUGAUUUGAUGUGCAUCAUCAGAAUUUAUUUACCUUACCAAAGUGCUCUUGGAAGACAUUGCUACUGCCAGUAAGCUGGAAUAUGAGAAUGUAUGCAAAUAUUUUCAAGAGGCGAGCCUGGAGACAGACCAAGUUACUUAGUAUCCUGCACAGGGCUCCUUGAUUGAUGGCUGACAGCCCUGUGACCACAACUGUAGGCUGUUUGAAGGCCCUCCAGGAACAAAAGAAUUAGCUUUGAAAGAAGUUAUUUUCAAAUGUGUUAGAUUGAUCUCAUAGGAAUGGAACAAAUAAUAAUACAGUUGUUUUGCUACUACCACUUGUUAGGAAUAUAUGAGUAGUCCAUGGAUAUGUGAUUAUAAAAGAAUCCUAUGUAUGUAUCUAGAGUAAGAUGGGAAAGUGUCCCGCUUACCCUCCUUCUACCUCCACCACUUCCUGGCCCAGAGGUAAUCACUGCUAAUAGGUUACAGCAUGAAUCUGUAGUCUGUUUUUCAUAACUCUAUAUAAAUAUAUGUACAUAUUUAUAUUUUAACAGGAUUAUGCUGUGUGUGUGUUAUUCUGUGUCUUGCUUGUGUUUUGGAUAUCUUUCCAUGUCAGUUUAUAAAGUUUUAUUUUUAAUGACUGCAUAGUAUUUCAUUUUAUGGGUUAUAAUACUUUUCAUAAAUCUCCCCUUUUGAUAUUUAUUCAUUUUUUUCACUACGGCAAACAAUGCUGUAGUGAAUGGCAGACAUCUUCGUACACAUAUCUUGAGUGCAUGUGAAUUUCAUUAGGAUAGAUACUUGGAAUUGAAGACUUUUAAGACAAGCUUUACGUUUUUAUACAUAUUGCCACAUCGGUCUUCAAAAAGGAAUUAUUAAUUUACUUUCCUGUUGACAGCAUAUGAGAAUGCCUAUUUCUCUGCAACCUCAGCAAAGAGGGAUAUUAUCAGUCUUUUACUUUUUCAGGAAAUCAUGAGAGCUGAUCAUGGUUAUUUUAUUUUUCUAAUUACUAGUGAGAUUGAAUGUCUUUUCAUAUUUACUGGUCAUUUGUAUAUUUUCUUAUUGUGGAAUAUAGACAAAGUACGUGAAACAUGUAUGCAUGUAUACAACAGAUAUGUACACACAUAUAUAUUUUUAACAUAAUGUGCAUACCAUAUGACUACCGAGUAAAGAAAUAGAACACCUCCAACAUCUCAGAAGCUCCCUAUAUGUCCCUCCCUAACACAACCUGCCGUCCACUUUAACAUCAUCCCUACUUUUCGCUUUGCUUUUCUUCACAGUUUUACCAUUCAUGUAUAUGUCUCUAAAGACCAUAUUUAGUUUCUGUUUUUGGAAUUUAUGUGAAUCAUAUGUACACUUUUGAGACUGGUUUCUUUCGCUAAGCAUUAUGAGAUUCAUCCUUAUCACUGAAUGUAGCUAUAGUGUGUUUAUUCCAUUGUAUGAAUGUAUUACAUAUACUUUUUUCAUUUUACUCUUGAUGGACAAUCUGGAUUUUUUCCACUUUGGGGAUAUUUCAAACAGUGCUUCUAUGGAUAUUUUGAACAUGUCUUCUGGAGUUUGCAUCUUUAAAAGGACAUAUACAUAAGAGUGGAACCUAGAUCAUGCCAACUGUUUCCCAAAGAUUCUUGUACUGAUUUACAUUCUUCCCAGGGUGUACUGGCUUUCCCCCAGCCACCCCAAUCUGGUAGAUGUAUAAUGGUAUCACAUUGUCGUUUAAAUGACCAUUUUCCUUAUAUGGAAAAAAUAUGAAAGGUGUUCAUGAGGCUGAGCACAUUUCAUAUAUUUUUUGGCCAUUUGGAUUUCAUCUUUGGUGAAUGAAGUAUGUUAAAGUUUGACCAUUUUUCUCAUUAAUUUGCAGGUGAUUCUUUAUAUAUUCUGGAUACUACUCCUUUAAGAGUUGUGUUGCAGAAUCUUUUCCCACUUUGUGCUUGUCUUUUCACAGUGUUUAUAAAAUAUAUUAACAUUUUAAUUUUAAUAUCUUCAAAUAUAUCAAUAGUUUUCCUUUAUGGUUAGCUCACUUUUUAAAAUCAUUACGUUAAAAAUAUAGUUAAUAUUCUCUUGUUACAUGCUUUGUAGUUUUGCCUCUCACAUUUUGGUGUCAUCCCACUUGGAACAAUCUUCAACAUAUAGUAUGAGGUAAUUUUUUUGCUGCUUUAAGGCUAGUCUGUUGUGCCAGCACUGUUUAUUGAAAAAAAAAAAAAAAAAACUUCCUUGUCCUAUUGCUUUGAAGUGCCUUUUCUGUUGUAUAUUGUCCAUAUAUGCAAAGAUCUUUUAUGAGCUCUUUAUUAUAUUGUUUUUUUUUCCCUCUGCUAAUGUACACCCUCUUCAUUACUCCAUCAUCUUCAAAAAAUUUUUUUGAUAUAUCAAA